UGUGUGUGAUAUUAGUGCUAUAAAUUACCGUAGACACUUGAAGACGUGCAACGCGAUGCGAGUCAUGCACAUUGUAUAAAAUCGUUAAUUAAAUGUGUUGUGCACUUCUAUGGUGAUCGUGACAUCGCGCUGUAUUUUAACCGCAUUUUCGCGUUGUAAUUUAACUGCAUUUGGACCAUGACAUCAUCCGCACUGAUGGAAUUAACUUGAUUGUUCUUCAAUUUGGUUUAGGAAUCUGUUCUCUAUCAGAGUGUGUGUCGCGAUUAGUAUAAUACGAGCAAGGUAGACAUCCGGGAAGCGUGACCCCAAAGACCCAGCAAUCGACAGCUGAGCAGCUUUUUAUACUGAUUUUUUUUCAUCGAAUGCACGAACAAGGAAUCAAUAUGGAUAAUCGGAUUUAUAUAGAUGAGGAGACUGGCGAGGAUAUGAUCCAUCCAUUCGUUGAUUGCAACAUUCAUCAUUCGAUCGACUCAAUGGCGAUAAAUGAUGCGGAAACUGGAGAACCGGAAGUCAAUCACAUGGACAACACGGUUAGAGGUCAUAGGAGAGUGCCAUUUCAGAUACCGAAGGAGGUAAAGGAAAAAUCCACAAAAAAACGCCAUUUAACAGAGGUAGAGCCUGUUCCAGCGGGUGCUUCCUUUGGUCAGAUAAAUCCCAUCUGUCUGUUUUUACCGGCCAUCAUCUAUUUUCGCUGGUUCCUUGCCUUAUUGAUGCUUUUCGAGGUCAUUCUGCAUGUGUGGGCACAUCACAAGAAUAAGGCCCUAAAGGACGCCAGCGUAUACUUUCGUUCACCAUUUCACGAUAUCUCUGCCGAGUUUUGCGCUCUCUGUCAGAACGAAACUUGCAUGAAUCGUGUCGGUAAACUGCAUCAAAUUCGGAUGCACAAAUUUUUGCGACAGUGUAACUACAUGAAGAGAGUAGUAACGUGAAUUUGAACGAGCGAUAUGUACCCUCCAAAAACGACACUUGCUCCAAAUCAAUGCAGGAUAAUUCGGGCUUUGUAUUCCAUGAAAGAUGCGAGCUACAGCACGACCAGUAAAUUUCGUAUCUCUAUAACGUAUUAUCAAAUUGCGCACAUCGGCAGCAAUCUGCUCCUCAUUCGUCACCUUAUCCUAUACAAAACAAGU